GGAAAAUAUUAUAUUUCUUUGAAGAGUUGGUAUAUGCAGGAUAUAUGGCGGUUAAUUCUAAACUUUAACGAUAACUGCCGCCGACUUGUCCCUUUAUUCCCACAUAAGGAAAGAGCGGGCGCAUCGUAUCGGUCGCUUAUAAAUUUUCUUAUCUAUUUAAACAAGGUGGAAUUCCCAAUUUCUAACUCUACUUCAACUUUUUUUUAAUCUCUACACCCUUAUUAAUCCAACUAGUUAAUAUUGUUAGGUAUAUCCUUACAUUACCGAUGAAUAAUAAUGUUUGCCCUCAUUUCAGAAGAUUACCAUGAAUCAAAUCAAAAAGGAAAACCACGACUGCCUAAGUCUCAGGGGGUUACUUUAAACUCAAAUCAUAUCUCUCAUCAUUCAUCAUCAUCCAUUGCUACUACUACUACCUUUAGCGAUUUAGGAUCAACUGCAUCUGCAGCUACUCCGAGAUCGUUUACCCCUUUAUCAACUUCCAAUUUGAGUUUAAAUUUAUCUGAUAACCUAGUUAUCUCCAAUGGUAAUGACGAUCUUACUAAUAGUGGUACUAGGGUCACUAGUGGUUCGGGUAUUUCCUCUGAGAGUACUAAACCAUUAAACCCUAAUAGUUCUAUUGAUAAUUUUGACAUUAUUAAUGGUAACCUCCUGAGACUGAAAGCUCCGUAUUCCUUGAUUCAUACUUCUGAUAACCAUAAACAUUAUACUACAAAAGAAAAAAAUAUUUCCGUAGCCAAUACAGCUACAACAAACAACGAAACUAUUGAAAAGAAUAUUAAUGAUAUUAGAUCCCAUUCAAUAGUUGAUGUCAGUUCUGGUACAAGUACUAGUACUGUCAUCAAUGUGGAAGAUUCUUCUGUACCAAGUACUUCUGCUGCUAAUCCUGCGGCUGCGGGCGCAUUGAGUCAUAGAAGAAAUACCGAUACUAGUAUUACCUCUCUUGAAUCAUCUUUUUCGAUUCCUAGUAAUUUGAAUAUUUCUAUUGAAAAGGCUACCGUCAAAGAUUAUAAAAGAGUUGCUAAAACCUUGGUUCUUUCCUUUGAAGAUGAUCCAUUUAUGAACUUUAUCUUAAACACUGCUAAUAUAACUAAGCAAAAUACUCCAAAAUCUGCUUAUAAAAAGAAAAAAUUAGAUUUGAUGCAAGCUUAUUUUGAAUAUGAUGCUUAUGAAUGUAUUGUAUUAGGUGGUACUAUUUUAAUUAUCAAAGAUAAUAACUUGGAACAAUCAUUAGACGACUUGGGAGUUAAGAAAGAUAAAUUCCCAUAUCUUGGAUGUGCUCUUUGGAAUCAAAUCUAUGGUUCCAAUGUUGAUUCUUCUGGUUCAAGUGGCUCUGAUACUGAUGAUGAUGAUUAUUUUGAUCCUGGUUCAUUAACUUUCCGUGAUAAUUUUCAUCCAUCAUAUGUCAAAUUCAAUGUUCAUACAAUUUUACGUCAUUGUAGAUCAAAGAUCUUGAAGGAUAAAUUACCAUUCUUGUACAAGGUUAGAAAGGAUGUUUUAAUUAAGCAAUUAAUUAAAAAGCAAUCUAUUACCCAAAACAAUACUAUGGAUAUUUGGUAUUUAAAUGAUAUUUCCACUUUACCAUCCAUGAGAGGUAAAGGUUUAGGUAAAUUAUUAAUUGAAUAUGCUAUUAAUAAGUUCACUAGUGAGAAUCCAAAUACUUAUUGUUACUUAGAGAGUUCUAAUCCUGCCAAUAGAAAGUUUUAUACUAAAUUGGGAUUUAAAGUUAUGACAAGUUUCUCCAUUAAGAAUAAUAAGAUUGUCAAUUCAGAAAAAAUCCAACAAAUCGAUCCAAAGAAUGAAGGUAUCAAUAUGGAUUCAAUGGUGUACUUCCCAUCUAUUGCUUCCAAGUCCAGUUGUACCUAAACUGUUUCAUAUUGAAUGGUUUCUUUUCUAUUUCGUUGUUUCCCUCUUCCGCUUCUUCAACCGUCAUGCUGUUCCUGAUGGUGUCCUUUGAAGCUCAAUUUCAGUUCUUCUAAUUUAUAAAAAUCCAAAAAAUGAAAAAAAUAACAUGUUUGUAUCCUACAUCACCUUUGCUGCCACUUGGCUUUUUCAGAUUGUUCACUUAAAUGUUGCAAUGAUCUGUAUGAGUAGAGUCUACAAAGAGUUGAUUUUUCUUUCCUUUCUUCAGUUGCUCAACAUUUUCUAUUUUCUGUAUCGUUUUAUAGGAAUAUGUUUGAACUCUAUACUCUUAGUUAGUAGCCUAUGUAAUUCUAAUAAAUCGAACAUUGUUG